UACUCGCGGUUGGAUCAUUCUCAUCAAGAGGAAAACUCACUGGUUGAAUCCCCAGUAUAAUUUUGUAUGACCACAGAUUGAGUUUGGAUAAGGAGCAGAAAAAUUGUCAGGCAUGAAAUCCAUUUACCUAUCAUAGGUUUCGGAGAGAAGCGGAACCGAAUAAAAAUCUCAAGUGUGAGUGGUUUUGUUUCAAGUGGACGAGAAUCUUGAUGGUUUCGUUAUUGUGGAGACAGUUUCUAUAAUAGACAAGUAAUAGGCCGAAACUUGAAGUCGCAGGAAAAUGUGUCGAUGAAGUGUUUGUUUACAAAAACAAGAUAUCCCGAAUGGUGCUGCACACAGCACAGCGUAGCUUGACAAAGAAGCUAACUUUGUGUUAAGUGCCUUCCUCUAAUUUAUGACAAACAUUCGGAGUAACAGUUGGAUUACAACUAGCAGUGGACGAAAAAUAAAUGUUUGUGAGCUAUAGCUGAAAAGAGCUGUUAUUUUAAAAAUAAUCGAAGAAAAUGAAGCUACUAGUGGUGAGUGCACUGCUGGCCCUGGUGCCGGCAAUUUGGGGCGUAUCGUACUGCCCUAGCAGCUGCACGUGUGAUGACGAAAAGCUGCAUGUCACCUGCGGUGAGGGCGAACUGGACGUCCUGCCGAUCGCGUUGAACCCAUCAAUUCGCCGGUUGGUCAUUAAAUUUCACCGGAUUCGCUCCAUUGAUUCGUCGAUUCAGUUUUACACCGAGUUGACCAUGCUGGACCUGAGCUAUAAUCACUUGUUGAGCAUUCCGCAGCAGAUCUUCAUGUACCAGAAGAAACUGCUCCAGCUGCAUCUGAAUAAUAAUAAGAUUGGAGCACUGAGCAACAAAACUUUCGCCGGGUUGACCGAGUUACGAGUUCUGAACUUACGAGGCAAUUUCAUUGAUCAGGUAACCAGCGAAAUGUUCAGUACUCUGCCCAAGCUAGAGGAAUUGAACCUCGGUGGAAAUAGAAUUGGAUCGUUGGAUGCAACAGCAUUUGAAGGAUUGACCGAGCUACGAAUUCUGUAUCUGGAUGAUAAUGCUAUCAAAACGAUUCCGACUCUUUCGUUGACUCCACUGAAGACACUUGCUGAAUUGUACAUGGGAACUAAUUCUUUGUACAAAAUCCAGCCUGGUGCAUUUGAAGGAUUGCAUGCCUUGAAGCGUCUGGAUAUCCAUGGUUCAAUGCUGGUGAAUCUCACGAUGGAUACGUUCCGGGGAUUGGAGAAUAUUCGUUCGUUGGAUUUGUCGGACAAUCAUUUGCUGAAGGUGCCAACUGUACAGUUGAGUGCCCUCAAACGUUUGGAGGAGCUAGCGAUUGGUCAGAACGAUUUCGAAUCCAUUCCGGAAGGAGCCUUUUUUGGAUUGACUAAUCUGAAAAGCAUUGACAUCUCCGGAGCCCUCAAUCUCAAACAGAUUCAGUCCGGUGCAUUUUCUUCCAAUCCAAAUUUAGAGUCGGUAACCAUCGCUUCGAACAAAGAACUGCUGGAAAUAGAUGAAGGAGCUUUCUCUGGGCUGCCACAUAUCAGGAAAGUUAUUCUGCGGGAUAACAAAAUCGCCACAUUCAGAGAAGAACUGUUGCCGUGGAAACACUUGACCGAUUUCGACCUGUCGGAAAAUCCGCUAACAUGUGAUUGCCAGAUGUUGUGGUUGCGGAAUCUCCUGCACAGAAAAAACAUUGAAACCGAGGAAGCCCAGAUUGUUUGCGCUUAUCCCGAACGGCUACACGGUGAGCCACUGCGUGAGAUAACCCCUGAAAUGAUGGGCUGUCAGCAUCUGCAGUCCAAGGAACGAGCAAUUUUCGGAGCCAUCAUCGUUGCUUCCGCUGCCACAGUCACCACGUUCGUAUUAAUUGUUUACCGUCUGCGGCAUCGCAUAUUAGAUAUGUUCCGGCGUCACUGGCGCACUACCAAGCGGGAUACGCUACAGGAGGAGAAGGAUAUGGAGAUCCAGAAAUCACUGGGCGGUGAAACUGAUUUCCACCAGCCGCACUGCAACAUCUACACCUACAAUUACCAUCCGGUUUUCAGGAAUCAUCAGCAACAUCCGGCCUCGAUGUAUGCCGGACAGUACAGCUUGCCGUUUCCGCACUACCAAGCCAACGGUAGGUUCCCACUGCAACAACAGCCCCUGCCGCAAACGCCGGGCUCGUUGGAUCAUCCCGUCACGAGUACCAGUUCGCAGGGGGCUUCCCAAUCGCCGAGCUCGACCUCGGCUAUCUAUUCGCCCCAGUACGCUCAUCACAUAUACGAAGUUCCGAAAAAUGUUGUGGACACUUAGACACAGGUAGAUUCCGGUAUCAUCUCAUCUAGGGUAUCUCAUUGUUCAUAUGGUUUUUAAACUCACACACGUGCACAUCCUUAAUUGUUAUCCAUGUCUAGGCUAAGUAAGAUGUAUAAAUUAUUAUAAACAUGAAAUUCAAUAAUAUAUAACGCGAAUAUCAGAUAGAAACAAGAAAAAAGUAAAUUGAGGAGGCAACUGAUGGAAAUGUGGAGCAAAAUAAGUCAUAUCGAGAUCUUUUUUGCAUAUAUUUCAAAGUCACGUUAACUUAACAAAGUUGUAUAAAAUAAUUCUAGUCAAUUUGAAAAGAUCUUAACGGAGAUAUAUCGAAGACUGUCCUUCCCGGCAUGCCGCCUUGGCAGAAGGCACUGGUUUCGAGGGAAGUGCAUCACGCUGGUAGAUUAGUUAAGUGGAAACUUUGUUUUUUUCAGUGAUCUGAUAGAGUUUAAAUGAAUCGAGAAAGCAGUUAUAUGCUUAAAUAUUUGAGAGCAGUUCGAAAUAGGAAUUUUAGAGAGAUGACGAAAAUCAUUCAAGAAUUUUCAUUUCCAGUUGUGUCUUUUGUUUUCGUACUGUAAAUAAUCGUUUAAAAGAGAGGGGAUAACAUUUUAUCCCCGCAGAUCAGCAAGUAGAAAGUAUCAUCAACACUCACUGGAACAGAAUGCUAGUUAUGUAUUUUUAUUACAACUUUUUAUAAGAACCCUACCGAGAGUAAGGAGAAACUCAGAAUGUGGUAAGGAAUAAUAAAGAUUCAACGAGAAUAAAAAACAAAACAAAAAAAUGUUACAGAGAAAAACAAUAAUUAAU